UAAAAAUGGCUUCCAGGACACUCGGUCGUAUUUCUGGAGUAUUAUUUUGGGCCAAAGGUUCAGUAAUUACGUCUCCAAGGUGUUUACUGCUGCCGAGGAGUCACAAGGUGCUCUACCCCGCCCUAUGCUACAGUACAACUGCUUCGCCAGUUAUUGAUGAAGUUGACGUCCACUACCGCCAUGGUCUACCUGUGAUCUCAGUGCCUUUGCCGUCUCGCCUCGAGAAAUGCCAGUUCACCCUCAAACCAAUCACAAAUACUGUCGGAGACUUCCUUUCGUAUCUUCAGAAGGAAGAUGGUGGAAUUGACAGGGCUGCUAUCUACUCAGAAGAUGAUCUGAGGAUAGCCAAGUCUACUACAAUAGAACAAUUAUUUCAAGAGAAUUUCAAAAUUAUGAUAAACGACAGGACCUUUCAAGUAAAACCCCCAGCUUUAGCAGAAGACUACAGCCACGAGAAGCUCCAUGAGUUAUCAGACGUGAAGACUUUGAUAGGUCAGCUUUAUUCCACCCUGAAUGUCGAGACGCACCAACUGCAGAGGGAGAAGGAGAUCAAGAGCCGGUUAGAAAACCUCAAGAGUGAGAUACAGCCAUUAGAAGAUAUAAAGAAUGAGCUCACAAUGAAAGCUUCAAAGAAAACCAACACUGGUGCCUGGGUUGGCUUGGCUCUGAUGGGCGUCCAGUUUGGUUUCCUUGCUCGUCUCACUUGGUGGGAGUACUCGUGGGAUAUCAUGGAACCGGUGACCUACUUCAUCACGUAUGGCACCUCCAUUGCCAUGUACGCUUAUUUUGUACUUACAAAGAGGGAAUACAUCUUCCCAGAUGUGAAGGACCGCGAGUUCUUGAUUGCAUUCCACAAUAAGGCUAAGAAGGCGAAGCUAGAUGUAUCGCAGUACAACAGGCUCAGAGAGGAGAUCAACAGUGUUGAACUUGACCUGCUGAGACUGCGUGAUCCACUGCAGCUCCACCUCCCUAUUCAGCAGAUCCAGAGCCCAAAGGCCAAUGAACCCGACUAUAACGAGAGCAGAGCAUCUUAAGGAGAGUAGAUUGUUAUUUAUAUUUAGUUGGAUCAAUGUAGAAUCACUUACACUUUAUGUUGCAGAGUCAAUUCUCCUCGAUAGUUUUCUGAUCUGGCAAAAAUUAGUUAUUGUCUCAACCUGAAAAUUUUGGCGGCUAUUUAUCUCUAUGAUUCGCGAGAAAAAAUAGUAUUUUCAUGAUGUUUAUUUUGGCAGACUACAAAGAAGAGCAUGAAAUGUACUCCGGUUUAUCCCAAAAAUCUUUGUGGUAUCUUUGAUAUUGCAAUUUAAUGAUAUUCGUGAAAUUGGCAAAAAUAAAACGCCCGUGAAAAUUUGAGGGUUGGCAGUUUUACAGGGUUUGAUUGUGAGCCAGGUGUUAAAGGAGGACUAUGUAGGCAGGAGCAGGGGAGUUAAAUUGGCCAUCAUAAUGUGACAAGGGCCCUGGGUCUAGUUGAAUUCAGCACAAAUAUAUUUCUUGUACAAGCGUGCAUAGUUUCAACGUAGUUGUACUGUGAGAUGCGAGAGACCCCUAUUUGCGACUUUGUGUAACUGUAUACUGCCUACUUAUAGUUGCUGCCUAUAAAGUCCCUUUAAGAUUACAAGGAGAGACAAGAAUUGACUAGUAAUACCAUGCAUAGUGGAGUGAUUUACAGUUGAAUGUAUUACAUUGUAGUAUCACUGUGAAGAAACUCAGGUUGCCCUCUUGAAUGAAUGAAAAAUCAAGUCUUUUUGGAAGGUGAUGGAGUCAGUUUCUUUCCUCAGGUCAUGGCCCAGUGAGUUCCACAUUCAAGGGGCAUGCACUGAGAAUGUCCUUGAGUAUGAACCCUAGGCACCGACCAAACAGUAGACUCUGAAAGAUUCAUCUCACAAAGCCUGGUCUGGCCGCUGCUUUGUCCUUCAAAGGUUGACCUCAGCUUUAUAGCGCUUAAAUGAUGGCAGCCAUAUGAUACCUCUGUGAAGACCUAGAUCAUAGUGACAGUUCAGAGUUGUUGUGAAGCGCUUUGGAACUGACCCUAUGUCAGUGGGAAGCACUAUGUAAAAACAAUCAUUAUUAUCAUGAACCGUUUUGGAUAAGAUAUCUCUUGAAGAAAAGACCCACAUUGACUGUGAUAGGACUCUGGAAAUGAUAAAGCAUAGCAUGAGCUUACUCCAUUAUUCCAUGUUCCAAAUCAAAAUAUUAAGCACUUGUGAUUGCCUAAAAAAAUCUUCUCUGCAUAAAAUCUCAGAAAUUUGGUUUUGUUAGGAGUGUAUAUGAAGUAGGGUUGCUUACAUGUCAGAUAUCUGGAUGUUUGCAAUAAUGGCUAGCUGAUAGAUUUCAAUUAUUUGUUAUAAUGUAUCUUCUAUCUUCUACUUUGUAUGUAUGUUUCUUCACAGUGUUGCUUAAAUUCCUAAUAUCUGUCCGUCUUUCACCUAGUUAAAACUAUACAUAACGUGCUUUUCUUAUAUUGUAUCACUAAAUGUAUCACUUUUACUAUAUUCAUGUGUAUUAUACGUUUAAAGAGUGUUUGGCACUUUUUAUCUUUGGACAAAGGGUACUUUUAGAGAGACCACAAUAACGGUUAAUUGCUCAAUACAGGACUGUAAGCAGGUUGCUGGAAACUAGUUAUGCCGUCUCUCUCAAAAAGGUCUCGGUGUUACCCUGAAAGUUCCCUUGUUGUCAAGAAGUGCUACCAUUCUUUAAACAUAUACCAACAAAUUUUGUAAAAAAAACUUAAGCAGUUGCAGGUUUAUAAUGAAUUUGAUGAGUAAAAGGGAUUGUAAAUAAUUGUUCUGAUCUGUUUGUAACUUGAAUAUGACAUACAUGUAUUAAAUGUGUUUCCAUCUGUUCAAUUCCGGCGGGUUUUUGUGACUCUCCCUGUAGAUUGCCUUGUCUACAGCCUAUCUUUUUUAACAACCCAACAACAGGUGGUGCAGUGGAUUUAACAGUGGUAAUGAAACAUUUUAGGACCUCCUCCACAGGAGAUCAUUUUAUCUUCAGCAACACCUGUCGUUGUGUCUAUUACUGAUCCACUGGGUCAUUUUGAUGAGGUCUCAAAUAGCCACACAGUUCUUGAAUAGGUGGAAGUGCAGCUAUUUUGUGUGUCAGGCCUUCUUACCGAGAUACAGUCCUAGUUAGUUCAGAUCUUUCAAUAUCUGAAUCAAUGUUAUAAGUUUAAAAUAUCAUGUUUAGGACCUCUCCAAAAAGCCUUUGUCUUUCCUUCAGUGUAAGUUUGCUUCAACUGAUUUGACAGUCUAGUUUUAACCUAAAAUAUUUGUUUGAACGAUUUCUUGCUCCUUUAUCCUCUUGCUGACCUCAAGUUCAUCAAGAAAGUUAAAGCAACACAGAUUGGCUCACUUGACUUGUGACUUUUGCUUGCAGUUGCAUGUUGCAUGCUGAUUAGAAUACAACCUUCCUUUAAAUUUACUAUCUACAAUGCCAUACUUCUGACUUCACUGUUUAAUUAUUCACUCCCAUGUAUUUUGGAUCAACUUCAGGUCAGUCAGAGUGUAGUUCCUUUUGAUCUCAAUUUCACUGAAACGCUCAAAAUAAUCAAAUGAUAUUUGGCCUGCCGGUUUUUUUCCUGUGCAUGUAACUGCAAUGUCUAGUUUUGUAAUGUAUUUAAACACCUCAAUUUUGCAUUAUAAUUGUUACAUUGACAUCGAAACAGCCUGUGAUGAAGAAAAAGUGUGCAUGGAAUAAUUCAUGUCAUGAGCUGUGGUCUGUAAAAAUGUAGUUGGAGCCAUGAGUAAGUCCAUAAAAAACAUACUUUUGUGUUGUCAUUUGGUAAGUGCUAUGUAAAAUAAUAAAGACCCCCUGCAUAAUAUCAACAAACAUUCAGAAGAUGGUCUUGCAAUACGUGUAUUAAAUGUUAAAAAAACUUUCAGAAGGUUUUACAGUAUCUUGUCUGGUUUCAGGUCAUCCUAGAUUACAAAGUUGAGAAGACUUUCGUCGAAGCAUUUGAUCUUCUUGUGAUGAUUUUACCAAAGAUGGAUGUUUUCAUCUUUGGUUUCGUGCACAUAUGUUCCAUUGAAUGUUUUCAGUUUGUCUAAACACGCUUUUCCCCCAAAAAAAUACCUUUGAUAGGACGAAGCGUGAUCUGUCGGUCCAGUCAGUGAUUUCCCUGUUGGGAAUUUUCGAAUUAUAGAACAUAUGCAUUAUUUAGGAUGACAGUGCAUGGUAACCAGUGAAAAGGAAAUUACAAUGUAUUCAGUGCCUGUACAGUUAUUUGGGAACCGGUUAGAUAUUCUUAAACAGACAACAUAUAUGAAUAUAAUGUUAGUGCAAUUUCCAUUCUUCCUCUCGGGGGAGGAGUACCUUUCGAUUGAGAUUCCCACUACCAGAGAAACUGUGUCGAAGCAAUUAAACCUGUUGAGAGGCUCCUGUACAAAAGGCCAAUUUUACAUGCCAGGGUUGGCGCGCCCGUUCGCAUUUUCGCCACUUGCUAAUGCUGCACAUGAGUGGCGAAUGUAAAACAAUGUCUGGCGAAUUUAAUUUGAAUUGCCAUGAUUUGGCGAGAGAGUAAUAGUGUUGUGCGAAAAUUGAUCAAAGUCUAUCAAAAAGAUCCACUUCCACACCAAAUGCACCAAGGAACGAUCGUUAGUCAGUCAAACUUUAUCAUAAAUUAUUUGCGGGCGGCCGCGCUAUUAUCAUUAUUUACGGGCGGCCGCGCUAUCACACGUGUUUGCUAUCGUCUGUAGUUCUACCCGUUGCCGCUACGGUGAUUUUGGUGGCGCUGCUGGUCGCCUUACGCAGACAUUAUCGGCUAGUUUCCCGCUCGCUUCGUUGCCAUGGAGUCUCCGGGCACGGGUUCCUCGAAUCGUUCGUUGAUUUGCUAGUCGCAGUACUGGCGGGCUGCCAUUCUCGCACAUGUUACUGUGGGUUGGUCGGCCCCAAGAUGGACAAACGAUCGCCAAUGGCUAGAGCUGACUCAAUAUGGCUAAAAGUGACAGCCACUUGGAUGAAAAGUGGCUAGGAGGAAAAAAUUCACGGAGCCAACCUUGCAUGCUAUAGGGCUAUAUGGAACAGAUGCACCCCGACUGGCUUUAUACUAUCGACAUAGUAUUUUAGGUGGUUGAUUCAUUUGAUUUUUCUUUACCUCCUUUUUUUAAAUUUAGGAAUCUUUGUUGUUUGAUCUAUGAAGCUGUCUGUAGAUUGAAACAACUACAUGAUUUUGAUCCAUUUAUUUUUCCUGAAAAUUCAUUCAUCAUGAAAUGCUUUCUUUUAAAUAAAGUGCAUGAGUUGACUAACUUGGGUUCAUGGUAUAAAAAAACCCAUCCUGGAUAAUCCGGAGUCUGUCGUAUCCCCUCGCACACGUUACUGAGCCUGAGUUCAGGAUGAAAUAGCCCAGUCUAUAAAUCAACAAAUUCUAAAAAGUAAUUUCCAUUGCCAUGAAAAUUUAUGUCCGUGGUUUAGCUUAAACUACAGAAUGUUAAAACCAAUGUAUAUUUGGAUGCGCUACUUGAAGAUAAAGUGUGCUCUUCAGUUUGGGUUAACACAAAUAUUUGGGGAACCUUCCCAGGCAUGGGAUUAUCUCGUUGAAAUUGUCUCACUUUCUACUGUCUCUAUAUAGGUGUAGAUGUGGUCAAGGAGUUCAUGGAUCAUUGUUAUCUCUGUUUAUGUAAAUAAUAGAUUUAUAUUUAACACCAUCCUUGCAAUCCUGAUCUGCUAAUAUUGGUCAAAUAAAGUAAUAUCAUAGGA